UCGUUUAUAGACCGUAUCGUGCAACCUUCGCGCCAUCGCGAUACGCGGUGAAGCGCGGAAUGUAAAGAAGUUGGAGGGAGUAUUCUGAAUUUAGUUCAGAUGCGCGAAACAAGUAUAUUCUUCCGUGGAAUGAUACGUAAUACGUUUCGAUAAUUCAACGCGACCGAAGCGUAGUUGACCCGGUUGACCCGUGAUUUUGUCGUACCUGUCAGAUAAAAAGUGUUUCGGUUCUCCGUGAUGAUCUUUCGUGUCAUCGAAUGAUUGUAUUUGCAUUUCUCUCGCGCUAUGUAAAUUCGCAAAAAUGACUGGCUUAAUUGCUUUCUGUGCAAUUUGUUUUGUUCUCUAUUGUAGUUUUACUUGGGUGAUCCCGAGAUUUUUAGCAUGGUUGGUCAAGAGACGUUACAAAAUUUAUUUACGAGUUGGACAUAUUUCGUUACCGUAUUUUAUACUUCGGGACGUAAACGUUUCUAAAAAUGGGUUCACUCUGCAAGUCGAGGAAAUCAGUAUACGCAGCAGUCUCUUUAGCAGCGAUGUUGCAAAGUUAUUGGCAGUGAUCAUGAAAGAUGUACGAGUCAACAAGGAUGUUCCAGUGGAAUCGAUGCAUGUAGCAAAGAAACAGACCAAGUUAAUGGAUUUUCGAAACAAGAAAAUUCCACCUAUAAUUAUAACUUUUGUACAAUUUAUGGCUGUGCACGUAGAAAAUUUAAGCCUUUUAAUUUUGGGUAAUGGUUGGUUGGCAAAUGGAAGUGCAGAAACCCUUACUUUGGAUGGUAGCACUGUCCAUGGAGCUCGUACCCUUCUUGCAUCUGCUGCUGUUAUAGGUGGUGCUAUGAAAUUGUUGAGACAUGCAUCAGAUGCGUGUCUUUCACAAAUAUCUUUUGCUGGAACAGCAGAAGCCACCUUGAAAGCACAAGAAGAGCUUUCUGUGGAGAAAUUGUACAUCGGAAUAACGCAGACAGAGGGUUCUGGAGGAGCAGGUCUCGUUACCUUCUUCAAAGACAGAAGUUCGUUAACCACUGCAUCUUCGUAUUCGGAUGCGCACGUUGAUUCAUCGAACGAUUUACUGGCUCGAUUGGCACCGAUCGUACCUAAGGAUUUUCUGUUGAAAAUCGGUAAUUCUUCCGUAAUCACGGGUGGAGAAGAUGGUGUGGUAGUUGGUUUAGAAGGCGUCAUGAAGGGCCUUCAGGUCAGCACAAAAUUUCAACCGUGUGGUCCACAAUUAAAUCUUACUUUGAACUUGGAUGGUCUAUCAGUUCGUAGUAAAUUUCCUGUUUUAACGUUACGGUCGUUAGUAAUAAAUGCGAAGGUAGAACAAGAUAUUUUACAAAUUGCUACGCAAGUUAAUAGUCUUUCUGUGAUUUACGACCAUAAAGACUGGGAGACUGUAUUAUGCACUACUGAUAAUGAAGUUCCAAGAUCUAUGGGCAGCAUGACAUUCAAAAAUAAAUUGCCAUGGUCGGAUAUAAGAGUGAACACUGAGCUGUACGAUUCGUCCUUAUGCGUCAAGUUAUUAGACGUUCACGAAGCUUCAUGUGGAGUAGCUCAUAUGAAAUUUUCUAUAAACACGCUUACAGAAACCAUCGAUGGUUGGAAUACAGAGUUAGUAGUGGAAUCGUUGUAUUGUACCUUAAAUGGAAGUAACACCGUUAGUUUGGAAACGUCUCAUCAAUGGGGAACACCUUUAUCGGUUGGAGUAUUAUUAGCUACGACGCGUACCAAUGCCAUAGGGAUUGCCGUUGAUACCCUCGUAACUGAAUGGAGCCUAGAACUUGCCAGAUUUCUUGAAGAGGCUUACAAAUGUUGUCAAAAGUAUAGCAGAAGAACUGAAACGACGAAGAGGACCAAAGAUUCGGACAGCGUUGCUCAAUUAAAUUUGAAGAUUACGAACUGUAAUUUAUUCUUUAUUGCAGAAAAUAAUUUAUCUGUUAUGGUGCGUUUGGAUACUGCAAACGUAGAACACAGUGCGAAGCGGUUAGUGGCUGUAACAGAGGGUGUAAGCGCAAUAACGUUGAACAAAAAUGAACCGAUCAUUUGCCAACACGCACAAGCGUUAGCACAUCCUUUCCUAGCUAUAAGAAAAUGCAAAGGUGCUGUCACUUCUGAGACUAUAAAUAUUAGUUUGGAUGGUACUAGUUUGGCGUGGAGUCCAAAUUUGCAUCUGCGACUGUUGCAACUUUGGUUAGAGUCUGCAGACUUCAGAUCCAUCAUAGGUCAGGAUGCAUCGACGAUCAAUAUUCAAGACAAAGCAAUGGAAAAGCAGAAGCGAACAAUAGAUAUCCUGGCCACAAACGGAAUCAGUCUAUCCAUAGAUAUCUCCCCGAAACACUUUUUGGAACUUUCGUCAGAUCAGUUGCGUUGGUCGCAAGGAGAGUGGAAGCUGAAUUACGUGCGCGUUACCUUGGACAUGGCCGACAUAAUCAUGAUCGAAGGUUUUGAAUUGAUUCAAGUGUUCGAUAACAUGGAAGUGCGGUUAGAAAGACAGAGCAAUGAAGGGUUCGUUUUGGACUGGAAUCGGACUUGGAUGCUCAACAUCGAAUCGGUGAAAGCUUGUUUCCCGUACGAACAUCAGUUUACGGACGCGAUUCAAAAUGAACUGUUCAGUAUAAGGAAGUGGUUGAAGGAAAUCCAUUCGGACUCGAGCGGAAGAAAAGAAAAACCCUUACCCUGCGAUUUGAUUAUAAAGAUCAAAGUGUGGGUAUUUGAGGUGAGCGACGACCCGUUCGAAGUACGCUUGAGGGAUAAUUACGAACUAUUGGAGGACGAGUACAAGGAAAGUUUGAAACGGCAAGCGAUGCUCGAUGCGAAAGUACAGGAACUUUGUCGAACACACUUGUUACUUCCCCAGGGGAAAGUCGAAGAACUGUACGCCAGUUUGAACAAGAAAAACGCCGAGAUUUACGUACAAAGAUGGAAGCAAAUGCAACGCGCCGGUCCCGCUAGAACACGACUGUUCGCCUGGUCUAUGUUGGACAUCGAAAUAUUGGCCUUGGCUGAUCCAUCGAUCGACGGAACAGAGAACGCGACGAAGGCUCUUCGAGAAAUGGACGCAGAGACUCCUUGGCCCGAGGAUGGUUUGGAGUUCAGCGCGCUCUGGGUCAGAGGAAUUAGCCUGAAGUGCGCCGAAUGGAAGCUGCAGUUACGAGACUUCCCGCAACCCUUGCUGCUGGUUGAAAGUUUAAGCGUAUGGGGAAGACUGGCCGGCGCCGAAGCUCUGGCACCACCGAGAGCCAGGCGGACGGUCAGAAUCGAAAUCGGUGCACCUUGGGAGGACAUUGUGGUAGAAAGAGGCAUGACCUCGCUGAAGUACUAUCACGAUCUGAAUUGGGACAUCGACAAAUUCCGAUACGCGUUUGGUCCCUGUUGGGAGCCGGUAGUAGCGCAAUGUAAUCUCAGCUUCGAGAAGAUACUACACCCUUCAAGAGACCCGAGUCCUCCAUUACCGUUCUGGGAUAAGAUGCGAUUGGCUCUGCACGGAAGACUAACACUUUGCGUGAAGCAGCUGACAGUCUUAUUACACGGUUCCUUGGAUCCGUAUAACACCACGGAAGAGAUGGAGCUCACAUGGACCGGGCUGGAACUCGAUUGGACUCAAGGAAGAAUCAUCGUGAAAGGAGACUUAGACGUUUAUGUUCGCACGGCCAGCAAAUACGACGACUGCAGGUUACUGCAUUUACCGAACGUUCGUUUAAGCAUUAAAUUAGCGUGGGUUUGUUUAGGAGACCCGAGAGAUCAUCAUGCUGCUAUACCUUGUGCCCCGGAUCGAUUGCCCGAGUACUCCAGUAAUCAGGAACACGAUUCAUUCAGAGCGUUUCGUUCGCAGAAUCUAAACGUCAGCCUUUCACUCGAAACAAAACCAACCGGGUCUCCGGCUUUAGCGAGUGCCCCAACGGCGUUACUUUACGGCAGUACCCUAAGGUGGUUUGAAAAUCUGAAAUUCAUCUUAUCGGGAGCGACCAGACCGACCAGGAAGGGACCGCUGUUCAAAAACAUCCGGCCUAGGAGAAAGCAGCUCAGCAGACAUUACAGAAAAGUACGGCUAACUCUGGCGUUUCAUCGGUUCCACGUUAGUUACUGGAUGUCGUUCGCGAUGCAGCGAGGUUUCGAGGUAACCGGCGGUAGAGUGGCAUGCAGUAGCGAACAUAAUUUAUUCUUGCAUCCGAUCGGCGACGGUUUGAUACACCGACCGCGAGCGGAAUGGUCAGUGGUGUACAUGAACUGCGAGCUAAGCGACGCGGAGAUCUGGUUGAAAAGCGCGUUGCAAGAAGACAAGGAAAGCACUUCAUUGCGGCAACCUGUUGAAAAAUGUUACUGUUUGAGUGUAGCCAGGGUCAGUUACGGAAGAGAGGCCAUGGUGGUUGGAGUGAGUGGAGACACCCCCACACACAGGCUGGCCGUGCACGACCUCAAAGGAGCCUGGACAAAAACGAACAGAGACGUGGCGUUCGCGUUGUUUGAUUCCUUCAUAAAGACUCAACAGCUAAAGAAGAAUCUCUCCACCGCUGCUCUGAAAGGCUUCCACAGGGAAAGCUCCUCGUCGCACAAGAAUCACCGAACUAGAGCCGUUGAAGUACAAAACGCGACGACGCAGAUCAAUUCGACGUCCGCGACGAAACCGCAGCAAGGAGAGGCUGUUGGGAUGCUGCAGAGAUUAAUAGCGGAAGCUGCGAACAAACCUGUAGCGUUCAGCGAUGACCUCUCGGUACAAACGAGGGGUCAGCAACUGCGUGGUUUAGCAGCUUGUCAUCAGGACGACGUGUUGCAUAAAAAUUGGCUAAUCGCUUUGGUGAACAGUCAGGUGUUACUGAAAGGUAUCGAGACGAGAGGAUACGUCAUCUUAUCGGCAGCUAAAGCCGAGAUCUUACAAAGGGUCCAUCAACCUGUAUGGAAAGAAAGAACCUUAGUGUCGAAGACAACGUGGGUCGGGUCGCUGGAGUGCAUGCAAUAUUAUGCGACCGUCAGCGCCAACAUCGACGAGAAUAUCGACGACAAUAUAAUGUGGUUGACUUUGGAUAAUAUACAAGAGAAGGACUCGACGGUGAUAGCUGGCUUGCCGGAUGUACCGGCGCUGGUAGGUUCCGGUCAGAGCGUCGGGGGAGUAGUGAGCCAAACCGUUGGAGGUGGCGGUGGUCCUCAGCAUCAGCUGCAACGAAUCGUUUCGAGAUGUAAAUGCGAGUUCUUCUACGUCGGCUAUGGCCAAGCUUUAGAUGUUGGAUCGAUUGAUCAAGUUCCUCCGCCUCCGAGAGAAGAAGUCAGUCCGUGGGAGAGGAAGGAACUAUCGGCGGCUGACGCAUUUACCUUGAUGCAUCACGAUUUGGACGUGUGUACUAACUCGUUGCAGUAUGCUAUGAUCCUGGACAUCGUGAAUAACUUGCUGCUGUAUGUAGAACCGAGACGAAAAGAAGCGUCGGAAAGGUUACAGAGAAUGAGAUUUCAGUUGCAAUUGCAUUCGGUCGAGGAUCAAAAACGACCUAUUCAACAACUACAGAAUACCGUGCGCGGCUUAGUAGCGAAAUUAAGGAGACUGGAACGUGAAACCUACUUGGUGCAAAAGGCUCUCGCUGAAGAAUCUGGUCCUGAAUUGCUCGCCGAAAUGGAGCGACUCGAAGCGAGAGUUUUCGAAUGCAAAGAACAACUUGCCGCAAAGGCGGAAGAACUCGACGUGAUGUUAAGCUGUUACAAAGAAACGACUGCUCCAACAACGGCCUCUACCACGUUGAAAGAUAAACCGGCUGCGGUCGCCAGAGUCGCUGAAAUCUGCUUCAAACACGCGCAGUGGCGAUUGACGGAUGCAGACGGUCAGCUGGGUAUUGCUGAUCUUAUUUUGACUAACUUCUUGUACACUAAAACCAGCAAGACCGACGACUCCGUCGAACAUCUCCUCGAGUUAGGAUACGUUAGGAUGACUAAUUUAUUACCGAAUCAAGCCUAUACAGAAGUACUGACGCCUACAGAGUUACAAAGUAAUAUGCCUGUUGAUAGGCAAAGAGCUCUCCGAGUUUUUUGUAGGGAGAAGGCACCGGUUGCUGGGAUAUCAGUGAAAGAACAUUUUGAAAUUAACGUAGUUCCUUUAACGAUAGGACUAACAAAAAAAUUUUUCAAUACGAUGCUUAAGUUCUGUUUUCCUGAGAGGGAUCCUGAAGGAAUAGAGGAACCACCAGCACCACAACGGGAUUCUUCUUUCUACGUACCCAUCGAAAGGAGAGACGACGUAGAAAAGAUGAAAGAAAGGGCAGAUAAAAAUAAGUUGUUCAUAUACAUUAAAAUACCGGAAGUACCCGUUCGCGUAUCUUACAAGGGAAAUAAAGAAAAAAAUUUGGAAGAUGUCCGUGACUUUGCUCUGGUAAUACCUACAUUGGAGUAUCAUAACGUCACUUGGACAUGGCUGGAUCUUCUCUUAGCAAUGAAAAGUGAUUCUAGGCGAGUGAUAUUGAGUCAAGCUAUUAAACAGAAAUUACAGAUCAAGCCUAGAGGUCCGCAGGAAGAAUCAGCUCCGCAAGAGGAAGAUAAAGCUCGACUUCUGUUAGGUGCAAGACAUUUACCGGGUGACGCGAGAAAAAAAGCUGAGAAAAACUUGACGUAACACUGCCACCUUCACGAUUGUGCUAACCUAACCUUUCUUGACGUUAGGGACAAGCGUAGCACUCGAU